AUGGCUGAGAGUGUAGUAGCUUUUUUGCUCAAUCACUUGGACAUCUUCCUUCAACAAGAGUCGAGCCUCUUGGGAGGAAUAAGGGAAGAAGCUGAGUCCAUCAGAGAUGAAUUGGUGCGCCUGAGGGCUUUCCUCAGAGUAGCUGAUGAAAAACAAGAUAUUGACCCACAGCUCCAAGCAUGGGUUGACCAAGUUCGUGAUGUUGCCCAUGACACCGAAGAUGUGCUUGACGAAUUCAUGCUCCGCUUCUCACGUUAUCAUGGGGAUGGAUUCUAUGGUUUUCUUCGUAAGAUUUGUUGCUCUAUUAAGAACUUGAAAGCACGCCGUCGAAUUGCUUCUCGGAUACACAGAAUCAAGUGUAGAGUGAGUCAAAUUGCCGAGGGACAUCAAAACUACAGCACUGUCUCAGAGCAAGGCUCGACCUCCACCACUGUCAACAACACAUGGUAUGAUCGUCGAGGUGAUGCACUUCUACUGGAAGAGGCUGAGCUUGUGGGCAUGGAUGGGCGCAAGAAGCAGCUGAUUGGGUGGCUUGUGGAGGACAGUCCAAGACUCAAAGUCGUUUCGGUGGUGGGGAUGGGGGGUAUGGGAAAAACCACCCUAGUAAAGAAAGUCUAUGAUGAUAUGGAGGUGAAGAAUCAUUUCCAAUGCCAUGCUUGGAUAACUGUUUCUCAAUCAUUUAAUCUCAGAGAGCUUCUCCAAGAUGUAAUUCGGAAACUCUUCGAUGAAGCCAAGCAACAGGCCCCUCAAAGAUUGGAUACCAUGGACAGAAAUGACUUGAAAGCGGAAAUCAAAGAUUUCCUUCAACAGAGAAGGUACGUGCUUGUUUUUGAUGAUGUCUGGCAAAUACAUGCAUGGGAUGCUUUGAAAUAUGCAUUCCCUGACAACAAUAGUGGCAGCCGAAUACUGCUCACGACCCGUAUUGUUGAUGUAGCUUCUACAUCUUGUGUAGAAUCUCCUGAUCACAUCUAUACUAUGGAACCAUUGUCCCAAGAAGAGUCUUGGACUCUUUUCUGUAGGAAGACAUUCCAAGACAACUGCUGCCCUCCAGAUUUAGAGAAAGUCUCACGAAGUAUCUUAGAAAAGUGUAAGGGCUUGCCACUUGCAGUUGUGGCAGUUAGUGGGGUUUUAGCUACGAAAGAUAGAAGUACAUCCCAUGAUUGGGAAUUAUUUCAUCGUAGCCUUGGCGCUCAGUCAGAAGGCCACGACAAACUUGAGAGCAUGAAAAAGAUACUUUCUCUCAGUUACUAUAAUUUGCCUUACUAUCUAAAAAUAUGUUUCUUGUACUUGGGUUUAUUCCCCGAAGAUUACAAGAUUGAGCGCAUGAGAGUGAUUCGACUGUGGAUCGCAGAAGGAUUUGUGGAAGUGAGAGUGGGAAGGACAAUGGAAGAAGUUGCUGAAGGCUAUCUCAAAGAGCUUAUUAAUAGAAGCUUGGUCCAAGUGGCAAGGAUAGAUGGUAUUGGAAGGCUAAGAGAGUGUCGCAUCCAUGACCUUUUCCGUGAAGUAAUUACUUCAAAGUCAAGAGAACAAAACAUUGCUGCCAUGGUAAGCAAAGAAAGCACAACGUGGCCGGAAAAAGUUCGGCGCCUGUCAAUUCAGUACACCUUGGGGAACUUGCAGCAGACAAAUCGUUUUCCUCAACUCCGUUCCUUGCUCAUGUUCUCGGUGGAAGAACCUAUAUCCAAGUCGUUGAAUCCUAUAUUAUUCAGUGGUGGGGUUCGGUUGUUAAAGGUUUUGGAUCUGAGGGGUGCUUCUUUGGAGAUGCUUCCAGAUGAAGUCGGCAAACUAUUUCAUCUCAGGUAUUUAAGCUUGAGGGGAACAGAGGUUGAAACGCUUCCGAAAUCCAUAGGUAAGCUUGAAAAUCUUGAAACUUUGGAUCUCAAAUACACCAAUGUAACUGAGUUGCCUGUUCAGAUUCUAAAGCUCCAACGUCUUCGUCAUCUCUUGGUGUACAACUACAACUUGGAUACAUGUGGCUUUAAAGCAAUAGUGGGAAUAGAAGGUUUGUCUUCCUUACAAAAACUCUGUUUUAUUGAAGCGAACCAUGAGAAUGGUAGAAUUGUAAUGGGAGAGCUAGGGAGACUGACCCAGUUGAGGAGAUUGGGGAUUACGGAGUUGAGAAGGGAGGAUGGGAAGGCUUUGUGCUCCUCUCUUGAAAAGCUGAGUAACCUUCAAUCAUUGUCCGUAGGUUCUGUAGAAAAUAAAGAGAUUGUUGAUAUUCAACACUAG